GCUGUCCUCGCUGUCCCCGCCACAGCCGCCAUGGGCAACUGCUACACAGUGGGACCCAACGAGGCGCUAGUGGUGUCAGGGGGCUGCUUCAGUCCAGAUGCGAAGAAAUAUGUAUUUGGAGGCUGGGCCUGGGCCUGGUGGUUCGUCUCGGACACACAGAGGAUUUCCCUAGAGAUAAUGACGUUGCAGCCCCGCUGUGAGGACGUAGAGACGGCCGAGGGGGUAGCUUUAACUGUGACGGGCGUCGCCCAGGUGAAAAUCAUGACUGAGAAUGAGCUGUUAGCAGUGGCCUGUGAGCAGUUCCUGGGGAAAAAUGUCCAUGACAUCAAGAAUGUGGUCCUCCAGACCCUCGAGGGCCACCUGCGAUCCAUCCUAGGGACGCUGACAGUGGAGCAGAUCUACCAGGACCGAGACCAGUUUGCCAAGCUGGUGAGGGAAGUGGCCGCCCCAGAUGUGGGUCGCAUGGGCAUCGAGAUCCUCAGCUUCACCAUCAAGGAUGUCUAUGAUAAGGUGAAUUACCUGAGCUCCCUGGGCAAGUCGCAGACAGCCCAGGUCCAGAGAGACGCAGACAUCGGAGUGGCCCAGGCAGAGCGAGACGCAGGCAUCAGGGAAGCCGAGUGCAAGAAAGAGAUGCUGGACGUCAAGUUCCUGGCAGACACGUACAUCGCAGAUUCCAAGCGGGCCUUUGAACUGAAGAAAUCGGCCUUCACCGAGGAAGUCAGCAUCAAGACGGCCGAGGCCCAACUGGCCUACGAGCUCCAGGCCGCCAAGGAACAGCAGAAAAUCCGGCAGGAGGAGCUGGAAAUCGAGGUCGUGCAGAGAAAGAAGCAAAUUGACGUGGAGGAACAGGAGAUCCUCCGGACCACCAAGGAGCUCGUCUCCACCAUCCGGCAGCCCUCGGAGGCCGAGGCCCACCGCAUUCAGCAGAUCGCCGAGGGAGAGAAGGUGAAGAAGGUCCUCUUGGCCCAAGCAGAAGCUGAGAAGAUUCGGAAGAUAGGGGAGGCGGAAGCCAUGGUGAUAGAGGCUCUGGGGAAGGCAGAGGCUGAGCGGAUGAAGCUUAAGGCUGAGGCCUACCAGAUGUACGGCCACGCUGCCAAGCUGUCCCUGGUGCUCGAUGCCCUCCCCUCGAUCGCUGCCAAAGUGUCUGCGCCACUGACCAAAGUGGACGAGGUUGUGGUGCUCAGUGGAGACAACAGCAAGGUGACCAGUGAGGUGACUCGUCUGCUAGCGGAGCUUCCAGCUUCCGUCCACGCGCUCACCGGGGUGGACUUGUCCAAGAUCCCUCUGGUCCAGAAGGUGACGGGUACUCAGGGCUGAGGACGCCCCGUCCAGUCCCCCCGCCCUCCGACGUGUGUCGUCAUCCCAGGGACAGUGGAAGAUUUACGGACUCUGGUGCCUGACUCGUGGGGACCAGAAAUUCUGCCAAGUCCAGUCAAUCCGUGUCGGUCCUUUUUUUGUCAUCAUCCGUCCCUCCUUCACUCUUGUGCCCUCCUCCUCUCUCUGUCCCUCCGUCUCUUGUGUGUGACCCCUCUUGGCUCACCUCCACAAUCAUAGUUUAAGCUAAGGAUGUUUAUGGUCACUGCUUGUCUUUGAGGAGCCACCUUGCAGCUCCUCGAAAUCCUGGUGCCUUGAAGUUCUCCGGCCGUCCAUUUGUCCACCCUGUGGUCCCGGCCAGAACUCGGUCUGAGGGAGGAGGGUGGCCUGGGGUAGGGAAGCCUUUCCUUGUGGCCCUGCCGUCCUCGUGGGAAGUCAAGGCCUCCCUGGCUUCUACCAACCUUGGACUAGGCUUUCUUCCCUAGACACCUCCAGUCCCCCAUCCCCUUCCUCUCCAGCCAGCCCUCUGGGGCAGGGAGCACAGGGGAGAACCGGGUCGGGGCCCUGGCUCCUUUGUUCAGGCCCUUCUGGCUUCACCCACCAAACUCUGACCCGGUCCCAUCUUUCCACAAUCGCUUCUAUCCCCGGGAAGCUGAUGGAGAUGCCUUUUGUCACUCCAGCUGCCAGAAUCACCAUUGGAUGGGGGCUGUUUGUGGGCCAGGGGGACGGUCGGGCUGCUCCCCGGCGUGGGUCUGCCCGCCCUCUUCUGGGGCUUCCCCUUGGCCAAUGCCGUGCCAAGAGCAGCAGGAGGCUAUCUGGGCCCUACUUGGGCAUGACCUCAGGGGCAGGGAAGUUCCCUCCUGGCUGACAAGCAGACGGGUGACAGGUUCAGGCUGCUUUCAGCCUCCGGACGAGGCUGGGCAUGGCAGAGGCCGGAGCUGCAGGCCUUUGCCUGCCUUGGGGAGGGCCAUGGUAGAGGGAAGCCGGCCUGGCGCCCAGCUGUUUGUCAUGGGGAGUUUGCGUCCCAGGUGAUGGAUGGGGAUUUGCCACCACUGGGCACACUGUGCUGUUGCUGGCCCCUCGGUGCUGCCCCUUGCCCAGCCCUCCAAGCUCCUCACACCACCUUACUCCUUAACCCUUCCACAGGAUACGGCCUGAGCUCCAUAUUCUUGUUCCUUUUGCUUGAUGCUAAUCCGGCCUGGCCGGAGCCUGGAGCCUCUCUCAGCCCUCAGCUCUGAGAGCUGCCUUUGGGGCCAGAGGCUAGGCCAGGAGGAUCCUGGGAUGGCAGGAGCUGGGCUGGGGCAGGGAUUGUGGUGGGCAGCCCUACCUGGAUGGGGUCUGCGGGGCUGCCCCUGCGGCUGGCCUGUGUCGCUGUCCCUGCAUGUAAGUGCUGCAUGUCCGGCCUUGGCCCUGCCACCUUCCCUCUGAUAGAAUAAAGACUCCUUGCACCCA